AAUUUCAAUGUAAUCUGUGGCAAAAUAUCAAAGACCAAAGUAAACGGUGGCAAAUAAUCAAAUCGCCCCUCAGAAGGCGCUCUCCCCUCCUGCAGCUAAACCAGCGGACACCAAAAAAGAAAUGGAGGAGAAAAGAAAAAUGGCGGGUUUGUUCUGGCACAUCGCCGCCGCUCUGCUUUUCCUCGUCACGGCCGCUUCGACUGCCGGCGCUUCCACUUAUUACGCCUCGGAUCCCAACCUCGGAUCCGCCCGCGUCGUCUUCCAGUUAAAUCAUGGUGACAUUGAAUUCGGCUUCUUUCCUCAUGUUGCACCUAAGACAGUUGAACACAUUUUUAAACUUGUGCAGCUUGGAUGCUAUAAUACAAAUCACUUCUUCCGGGUUGACAAGGGUUUCGUUGCGCAAGUUGCCGAUGUCAUGGGAGGUAGAAAAGCCCCUAUGAAUAAAGAGCAGGAACAACAGGCAGAGAAAUCAAUUGUUGGUGAAUUUAGUACUGUCAAGCAUGUCAGAGGAAUUCUCUCAAUGGGAAGGUAUUCUGAUCCAGACACUGCCUCCUCUUCCUUUUCUAUCCUCCUUGGUGAUGCUCCCCACCUUGAUGGCCAGUAUGCUGUAUUUGGGAGGGUGACUAAGGGUGACGAUACAUUAAGAAAACUAGAGCGCCUGCCAACCCAUAAAGAAGGCAUUUUUGUAAUGCCAAUUGAGCGCAUUGAGAUUCUGUCGACAUACUAUUAUGAUAUUGAUGCAGAGAGUUGUGAAGCAGAGAAGUCUAUUCUUAAGAGGAGACUUUCUGAAUCAGCAUCAGAAGUUGAGAGAUGGAGACGAAAAUGCUUCGCAUGAUCCAGCGAUUGAGUUUUUUUUUUGCCUUUCGGCCUCACCGAGAAGACAUGCGUUUCAAAAGGACAUCCAUUACCUCUUCCAGGAUUUAGAGUGCAUGUGCAUUCCAAGAAGGGUCAGACUUGUACUAUGUCCAAAUGCGUUGUACUAUGUAAUUUUUCCAUGAGUUUGAUGUUACUGUGAUAGCCUGAUUGGGAUCUUUGUUUUUCGAGAAUACACCAAAGACGUACCUUAGCUGUAUAAAAGGAAGAAAGAUAUGUACAAAAGAGUACAUGUAAA